AUGAGGUUUUAUCCCUUCCCAGAGUGUCAGGAUGCAGACAGCUAUCUCGUGACAUGCAGGACUGAAACUGGCCAGCUGGUGCAUGAGGAGCAAGUACCUCACUCAUCAUGUGCUCCUGAUUGCACGCUGUGUUUUCAAACUCUUGAGGUUUGGAGAGGUUAUGGAGUCACUCUGAGGGCAAGGCUUAACAGCACCUCACUCGCCCAGAGGACUUUUGACUUCAGCCAAGUGUCGCUGACAAACUUCCAUCUAUCCAGCACGACCACAUCUGUGUCCUUAGCAUGGACGCUUCCCAGACAUCAGCAAUUGUCAGCAAUAACUGUGCGUGACCUCCACAAUCAUUCAGUAAUCAAGAAGGUGGACAUACAGUCUGCAGCGAUACAGUCCCAUUACACUGUCCCAGAUGUUCAACCGGGAGUCCGCGUCAAUGCUGCAAUCACAGUGUCUGCAUUUCUGAAGAACCCCAAUGUCACAAUAAAGCAGCGACUCAGCAUGGAUAUACAGACAGCUCAAUGUCCCCCCGGAUGGCUGGCCAACAGAAGACACUGCUACUCUGUUCAGAAGAAAGCUUUAGCCUGGAGCCAAGCCCAACAAAGCUGUGUGGACGUGGCUGCCGGGAGUCACCUGGCCGAUCUGAAGACCCGCCAAGAUCUUCACUUUAUAACUUCACGCCUAAUGAGCCACAACAGCCUGCUGCUGCUCUGGACCGCGCUCAAUGACAAGCUGGCGGAGGGCCGGCCUGUGUGGUCAGAUGGAUCGCUCAAUAAUAUGACCAAUACCACGAUGUCAUCAUUUCUGCCGGAGAACCAGAGCGACUGCUUUGCCCUUCAGAGGAACGCGACAGGGCCCGGAUUCUUCCUCACUCCAUUCUUCUGCAGCAUCCCUCUGCCCUUCAUCUGCCACUACAGCAGUAAAUAA